AUGGACGUGACGGUCUCGGAGCUCAUGGAGCUCUUCCUGCAGAGCCCGCUGGUGACCUGGGUGAAAACUUUUGGCCCAUUCGGCAGCGGCAGCCGGGACAACCUGACUAUGUACAUGGAUUUAGCCGAUGGCAUCUUUUUGAACCAAAUCAUGUUGCAAAUAGACCCGAGGCCUACAAACCAGCGCAUCAACAAGCAUGUGAACAACGACGUGACCCUGCGCAUUCAGAACCUGACCAUCCUGGUGAGGAACAUCAAGACCUACUACCAGGAAGUUCUCCAGCAGCUGAUCGUCAUGAAUUUGCCCAAUGUUUUGCUGAUUGGCAAGGACCCGCUGUGUGGGAAGAGCAUGGAGGAGAUUAAGAAGGUUCUGCUGCUGGUGCUGGGCUGUGCUGUGCAGUGUGAGAGGAAAGAGGAGUUUAUUGAGAGAAUCAAGCAGCUGGACAUCGAGACCCAAGCUGGGAUCGUAGCACACAUCCAGGAGGUGACCCACAACCAGGAGAACGUGUUUGACCUGCAGUGGCUGGAGCUCCCGGACGUGGCCCCAGAGGAGCUGGAGGCCCUGUCGAGGAACAUGGUGUUUCACCUCCGGAGGCUCAUAGAUGAGCGGGACGAGUGCACAGAGCUGAUCGUGGACCUCACUCAGGAGCGGGACUACCUGCAGGCGCAGCACCCGCCCAGCCCCCUCAAGUCCUCCAGCGCCGAGUCCACCCCCAGCCCGACCAGCAGCCUGUCCAGCGAGGACAAGCAGCACCUGGCUGUGGAGCUGGCGGACACCAAGGCCAGGCUGCGCCGUGUCAGGCAGGAGCUGGAGGAGAAAACAGAGCAACUGGUGGACACCAGGCAUGAGGUGGACCAGGUGGUGCUGGAGCUGCAGAAAGUCAAGCAGGAGAACAUCCAGCUGGGGGCGGACGCCAGGUCGGCUCGCGCCUACCGAGACGAGCUGGACUCCCUACGGGAGAAGGCGAACCGCGUGGAGCGGCUGGAGAUGGAGCUGGUGCGCUGCCGGGAGAAGCUGCACGACGUGGACUUCUACAAGGCCCGCAUGGAGGAGCUGAGAGAGGACAACAUCAUCUUAAUUGAAACCAAGGCCAUGCUGGAGGAGCAGCUGACCGCGGCCCGGGCCCGGGGGGAUAAAGUCCACGAGCUGGAGAAGGAGAACCUGCAGCUGAAGUCGAAGCUUCACGACCUGGAACUGGACCGGGACACAGAUAAGAAGCGAAUUGAGGAGCUGCUGGAGGAAAACAUGGUCCUGGAGAUCGCACAGAAGCAGAGCAUGAACGAGUCGGCGCACCUGGGCUGGGAGCUGGAGCAGCUGUCCAAGAAUGCAGAGCUAUCGGACGCCUCCAGGAAGUCGUUUGUGUUCGAGCUGAACGAGUGCGCUUCCAGCCGCGUCAUCAAGCUGGAGAAGGAGAACCAGAGCCUGCAGAGCGCCAUCCAGGGGCUGCGGGACACGUCCCUGGCGCUGGAGGAGAGCAGCCUCAGGUGCGGGGAGCUGGAGAAGGAGAACCAGCAGCUCAGCAAGAAGAUUGAGAAGCUACAGAGCCAGCUCGAGAGAGAGAAGCAGAGCAACCAGGACUUGGAGACCCUCAGCGAGGAGCUGAUCAGAGAGAAAGAGCAGCUGCAGGGUGACAUGGAGACGCUGAAGGCUGACAGAGCGAGACAGAUCAAGGACCUAGAGCAAGAAAAGGAUCAUCUCAACCAAACAGUGUGGUCCCUGCGGGAGAGGUCACACAUCAGCAGUGAGGCCCGCGUGAGAGACAUCGAGAAGGAGAACAAGGUUCUCCACCAGACGGUCACGGAGACCAGCAGCCAGCUCAGCAAGCUGGAGUUCGAGAAGCAGCAGCUGCAGAAGGACCUGGAGCAGGUGAAGGAGAAGGUGGAGCGGGUGGAGGCGCUGGAGAAGGAGCUGCACCGGCUGGAGAAGGAGAACGACGAGCUGACCAAGAAGGUGGCCUCCCUGACCACGGCCGCCGAGAAGGCGGACGCCCUGGAGGGCGAGAGCCGGGGCCUGGAGCUGGAGAACCGUCAGCUGCGCAAGUCCCUGGACACCCUCCAGAAUGUGUCGGUGCGGCUCGAGGGCCUGGAGCGUGACAACAGGCAGCUGGACGAGGAGAACCGGGAGCUGCGCAGGACGGUGGAGGCCAUGCGCUUCACUGGCGCCAAGGUGGCGCAGAUGGAGCGGGAGAACCAGGAGCUGGAGCAGGAGAAGGAGGAGCUGAGGAAGAACGUGGAGCUGCUGAAGGCGCUGAGCAAGAAGUCGGAGCGCCUGGAGCUCAGCUACCAGAGCGUGAGCGCCGACAACCUCCGACUGCAGCAAAGCCUGGAGAGCAGGGGCCAGAAGGUGCAGGCCCUGGAGCGGGAGCUGGGGCAGCUGGGGGCCGAGAACCAGGCCCUGCAGCGCGACCUGGAGGCCCUCCGGCUGUCCACCAAGCAGCUGGAGAGGUCGGAGAAGGACAGGAAGGCGCUGGAGCAGGAGGUCGCCCAGCUGGAGAAGGACAAGAAGCUGCUGGAGAAGGAGACCAAGCGCCUCUGGCAGCAAGUGGAGCUCAAGGACGCCGUCCUGGACGACAGCACGGCCAAGCUGUCGGCCGCCGAGAAGGAGAGCCGCGCCCUGGACAAAGAGCUGGCCCGCUGCAGGGACGCGGCCAGCAAGCUGAAGGAGCUGGAGAAGGACAACAGGGACCUCACCAAGCAGGUCACCAUGCACACGAGGACGCUGACCACCCUGAGGGAGGACCUGGUGAAGGAGAAGCUGAAGAACCAGCAGCUGUCCAGUGAGCUGGACAAACUGAGCCAGGAGCUGGAGAAGGCCGGUCUCCCCAAGGAGCUGCUGCUGCAGGAUGACGACAGCGGUGACACAAAACACAAACUUUUGGAGGGCAGAAAUGAAUCGGCAUUAAAAACAACACUAGCCAUGAAAGAAGAAAAGAUUGCGUUCUUAGAGGCGCAGAUGGAAGAGAGAACCAGCCUAAAUCACCAGCUACAGAACGAACUCCAGGUGCUGCAGAAGGAGUGUGAGGCCUUCAGGCAGAGCCAGGAAGAAGGGAAGCCCCUGCAGAAUGCCUUCCGUCACUCCGGGGCAGCGCUGGGGCCGGAGACCUGGGAGCCCAGCCACAAGGAGGCCACGCUGGAGCUGCUGCGUGUCAAGGACCGGGCCAUUGAGCUGGAGCGGAACAACGCGGCCCUGCAAACUGAGAAGCAGCUCCUCAAGGAACAGCUGCAGCACCUGGAGACCCAGAACGUGGCUUUCAGCUCGCAGAUCCUGACGCUGCAGAAGCAGAGCGCCUUCCUGCAGGAGCACACGGCCGCGCUGCAGACGCAGACGGCCCAGCUGCAGGUGAGACCGGGUCGGGCUGAUGGCUGGCACGACGCCAUGCUGAAGCACAAGGCGGAGCUGGACGAGCUGGAGAAGGCUCUGCACUCCGAGCGGGAGGCCCUGCAGCAAGAGCAGAGGAGCAGCGCCGUCGCGGUGGGCGAGAACCAGAGGCUGCGGGGCGAGCUGGACAGGGUCACCUUCCUGCACCACCAGUUGAAGGGGGAGUAUGAGGAGCUGCACACCCACACCAAGGAGCUGAAGACCUCGCUCAACAGCGCGCAGCUGGAGCUGAACCGCUGGCAGGCCCGCUUCGACGAGCUCAAGGAGCAGCACCAGACCAUGGACAUCUCGCUGACCAAGCUGGACAACCACUGCGAGCUGCUCUCCCGCCUCAAGGGGAAUCUGGAGGAAGAAAACCAUCACCUGCUGAGCCAGAUCCAGCUGCUGAGCCAGCAGAACCAGAUGCUCCUGGAGCAGAACAUGGAGAACAAGGAGCAGUACCAUGAGGAGCAGAAGCAGUACAUAGACAAAUUAAAUGCUCUGCGAAGACACAAGGAAAAACUAGAGGAAAAAAUCAUGGAUCAGUACAAGUUCUAUGAUCCUGCUCCGAAGAAGAAAAACCACUGGAUUGGAGCCAAAGCCUUAGUCAAACUCAUCAAGCCAAAGAAAGAUGGUUCUAGAGAACGUUUGAAGUCAGCCACAGACAGCCCUCCCUGGCAGCCGGAGGCCUCAGACCCAUCCUCACCGUCUGCUCAGCCUCUCAGAUCUCAGCCAGAGAACCCCGAGACCCCAUCAGCCGCAAACGGUGUGGAAGAGCGAGACACCCCCAACGGGCCUGUGGGGAAAGGCCCUGGGGACCUAAAACCAAAGCGGGGGUCCCCGCACGGAGGCAGCCUCGACCACACAGAGGCCUCCGCAGAGCCUGCCACGAAGCCCUGGCCCCCCGAGCUGGGCCCCCGCACCUGUUCCGCCUCAGCCGUGGCUGCAGCCCGUUCCAGCUCCACCCCCGUCUCCCGGCACCCAGGCCGCGCCAGAGGCUGCAAUUCCGACGACAGCCUGUGUGAACAGUCCCUGGAGCAGGAGCUUGCCGGCCACAGGCCGUACGCACCCCGGCCAGGUAGCUUAGUGAGCAGCAGAAAGGCGUCCAGCCACAGCUCGCCUCUUCACCUGAGAGGCUCGGCCGAUCAGCUCCAUGGCAGGUCCCAGAGCUUCAGCAGUGAGGACCUGAUCCCGAGCAGGGACACGGCCACUCUGCCCCGCGACACUGGCGCCCCCGGACGUGCCAUGCUCAGCCGCCAUGAGUACCCCCCACCCUGGAAUGGGCCUCUCCCCCAGGAGGGCGUCCAGAAGAGGAGCGUGGCCCAGCCCCACGCCGGCGCUCGGCCCUGCUCGGCCUCCCCGAGCAGUGAGAUGGUCACCCUGGAGGAGUUUCUGGAGGAGAGCAACCGAGCCUCCCCCAUCCUGGACACUUCCAGUUGCCGGGAUGACCUGCUAAGUGACUACUUCAGAAAGGCUAAUGAGGCCUCCACCAGUGGGGGCCAGCCGGGACUGCCUUCCAGGAAGGAAGGGGCCAAGAUGCCCACCAGCUUGGUCGCCCCCACCGUCAAGAUGGCUGUCAACACCCCUGAGGGGAAGCUGCUGAAGCCGGGGCAGUAUGUGAAGCCAAAUUUCAGAGCUGCUGAGGCUGAGGCCCUGCCCAGUGCCCCUGCCAGGCAGGCUCAGCCUCCCCAGAGCCUGUCCCUGGGCAGACCCCGGCAGGCCGCCAGCCGGAACACGUCCUUGAGCCGGGCCUUCAGCCUGGCCUCAGCAGACCUCCUCCGGGCCGGCGGGCCAGAGAGCCUGCAGCAGGAGUCCCCGCUGAAGCCAGGGGUUUCUGAGGCCUUGGGCGGCCGAGAACCUGGCAGCCACACUCUGCAAAGCCCCACACCGCUCAGCUCCCACAGCUUGGCCCGGGAGCGGACCCCACUGGUGGGAAAGGCUGGAGGCUCCUGUCAGGGUCCAGGCUCUCGCAGCCGGCCGCUGGACGUGAGGCGCUUCUCACUGGCUCCCCCCAAGGAAGAGAGGCUGGCCCCCCUGCAACAGUCUGCCACGGCCCCAGCCAUUGCCACAGGAGCGGUUGGGGGCGGCAAACCCCAGCUGCAGCCCUUCUCCCCUGGCCUGUCCCCAGCUGCCAGGACUAAGCCCCAGGCGCCCACGCUCGUGGGCGAGGUGGCCGCUGUCCCCCCCGUCCGGGUGGGGAUCAGCCUCUCCGAAGGGGAUGGGGCCCCGGGGCAGGGCCACAUGGAGGGGAUCCCUGCCAAGAGCCUGGGGAGGGCUCCCGACGUGGCCCCCCAUGCCGGCCGGGCCCCUGAGGACCUCAGCCGGGCGAGCAGCUCCAGGAGCACGCCGGCCUCCCCAGAGCCGGGCGGGGACCCGCAGACCGUGUGGUACGAGUACGGCUGUGUGUGAGCCAGCGGCCAGGGCUGGGCGACUGACGCGCCGCUGACCACACUGCCGGCCACUCUGUCCACUGUGGAGCUGGAGGGGGACUAGAAGGCGGGGAGGAGGGUUCCCGCGCAGUUCUACUGCUUCUGUUAACGAAACACUGUGCCAAGCCUUAAGAGGACCACUCUCAGGUGUGUAACGUGUCUUCCUUACCUGUAAGUAGCCUCCAGCAACCGCCCACUUUAGCCUGGGGUCGCAAGCGGCCCCCGAGCAGACACUAUCUGAGCGUGCCUAGUACAGCACUCUCCUGCAGCCUGCUGACCUCGGUGUUGGGUGCACGCCGGGGAGUGUGCCCGGCCGGCACUCUGCUGCGCCCUCCUCCCGACGCCGUGGGAUCCUGGGAGCAGCCCAGACUGCUGAGGGCCACGGGGGACCCAGAGUCAGGCUGGCUGGGUGCUAAAACCCUGGAGUGUUGCCCUGACAUUCCUGGGCUCCGGAGCACUCCCCAGGGCCGGGGCUGUCUUUAGGCAGGUGGCCACUGGCCUCGGGCCUUUGCCCGCCUCCAGCCGCUGGACUCUGGGGCCACGUGGCGGCCUGCCUGACCCUGGCUCGCUUCUCUACAAACACUGGAUCUUUCAGGCCUGGGGGCUGGUGGAGGGGGACAGGGAGGAGCCCCUGCCCCACCCCCUCCUGGCUAGUGUACAGCCGGGACGUGUGUGCAAGAGUGAGGUACAAGCUCAAUUUGUCACGUGGCUGCCGCGCCCUCCUCAGAUGGGAUGUCAGUUUAUCGAGGAACUUCUUGCAGUAGAAACCAAAUUUCUCUUCAUACACACGCUCACGUGGAAUCUCUGUCCUCUGAGGGCCUAUUUAUGUGUGCCGGGAGCCGUUCUCCGCUCUCGGACUGUGCUGCUUUGUUCUUGUCAGGUUCCUGGCGCCCUUUGUUCUUAGUAAAGGUGCUCUUUCUGGAUCUUACUAAACCUGGUGAUUGUGUUUGUGGGUUUCUCUUUUUUCUUUUGAUCUAGAAUACUGAGAAAGAUAUGGGAGACCUCUGAAUGUCAGCAAGACCCACUUGGGGCGGGGCCGUGGGUUCUGUUUGUUCUGGAACACGAGGACAGGAUUGUAAUA